CUUAAUUGCUGAAUGAUAAGGACUUUGUCGUAAUGGGGUGAUAAAACGCUGGCUGUAGAAAACUUCGAAUCACCACUCAUAAAAUGAAUCUAGACAAUAGACUCCGGUUUUAGCGAAUGUGUCGGUGAUGUGACAAAGAGAGGAUGUUAUUGCUGGUGCUGUACAUUGUGUCACUUAUUGGCCUAUCAUCGCCUGACAAUGACUGCAGCCUAACUGGAAAGCAACUCAUCUAUUACCCAUACUACCAGGGAGCACAGCCCAUUUCAUGGCUGACAACAACACCAGCAAUCCUGACAACAACUACAACAACAACUUCAACAACUUCUCCUCCUCCUCCUCCUCCUCCUACUUCUCCACCGACACUUCCUCCUACGCCUCCACCUACUCCUCCACCAACCUUUCCCCCACAAACUCCUCCCCCUCAACCACUGAUCACCGGUGUGAACCCCUACGAUAACAAUUACAACAACAUUUACAACGAGUACUUAUCAACGUACAUCAAUGUGCCGAUGUAUGCCGGGGCACAAGUGAUCGCUACACAUCCUAACAAGACUCAAAUACUGCAGAUGCAAAAACCACCGCAAGUGUAUAAACCACCAGUGAUUCUCCCCCCUGUGGCUCCUCCUCAGACUCCCCCUCCUCCUCUUCCUGUACCGGUGCCGGCCAAACCAUCCGAUAUAAGACCCGAAUUUGUAAUGGUGGAUACGAUGGUGCCCCAUAAGUCUGGCAGGGAGCCCUGAGACGUCAAUCAUUGUAUUGCAAAUUGUUUAGAUCCAGUAUUUCUGUGGUGCCGUGGAAAAAAUAUAUUUUCUGUUUUUUCGUGUUGCAUUAAUUGUCUUUUCAAUCAUAUUAUAUUCAAAAGUACAAGAUUUGUA